AGCUACGCGAUUACGUUUGCGAAACACGUUGACGUCACAGCUCCUGGACGCCACAUUCCACUCCCCGGAUCAGUGGGGGAUACGUAGAGACACAGAGCGGCUGAUUUUUCUGCGGCGGCAACGAGCGGUCUUCACUCGCCACUUGGAGCCAGAGUGACAGCAUUCAGCAUCCAUCCACCCAGCGUCCUUCUAUCCACCAUCUCCAGGCCGAUAUACAGGUUUAAUAUAGCCUUGUGCUCUAGGCAGCCCCCUCCCAACACUUGGAGGAUGAGCGAGCCUAAACCUUUCCUGUGACUACGGAAGCGGAUCACAGCAGUUCAAAAGUUUCUGUUGCAUCCACUUUAGUCCAUGAGAUGGGCCAUAACCUGGGAAUGAAUCAUGAUAACAGGAAUUGCUCAUGUUCCGCAGGGUCUUGCUUCAUGUCACCAGUUCUCAGCAAUCUGCCCCCUACUAAGUUUACUCAAUGCAGCAUGAACCAGUUUAUGACUUAUCUCCUGAAGCUGUCAUUUGAGUGUCUGAUGAAUAAACCCAAAAUAGGAAGAUUUAUAUCCCCACCAUUCUGUGGAAACAACUUAAUCGAGAAUGGAGAGCAGUGUGACUGUGGAGCUGAAAAGGAAUGCACCAAUCCUUGCUGUGAUGCCUCCACAUGUAAAUUGAGAGCAGGAGCUGUAUGUGCAGAUGGGGAAUGCUGCGAGAAAUGUCAGUUUAAGAAAGCGGGAAGCAUGUGCCAACAUAGCUUUAAUGAGUGUGACCUUCCAGACACAUGUGAUGGGAAAUCCAAUCGUUGCCUCGAUUUGUUCAAAAAAGAUGGCACCUCUUGUAUGGAUGGCCAAGGGUAUUGUCUAUAUGGAAAGUGUCCUACAUUGAAAAACCAGUGCAUUAACCUGUGGGGUUCAGAUGUUCUUGUAGGUGCUGAUCGCUGCUUUGACUACAACUUAAGAGGCAAAAACUAUGGAUACUGUACUCAGUCAGGGAACAUAUAUCUACCAUGUUCUUCUUCGGAUAUAAAAUGUGGUGUUCUAUACUGCUCUGGUGGAAACAAAGAUCCUAGUGUCAAUGCCGCCGUAGCUACAAUUGAUUCUUGCAAGGCUGCCCUGCACCCAUCUGGAAUGGUACAGAAUGGAACAAGGUGUGGAGAGGAGAAGGUCUGCUACAUGGGAGCGUGCACAAGCAAAGAAGCUGUAUAUGAGUCCCUGGCCUGUAAUGCUGAGUGCCCUGGUCAAGUGACGUGUAACCAGGCGGGAGAGUGUUAUUGUAAAGAAGAGCAACCCAAUCCCAAAUGUGCCAUCUCUGGUGUCUAGAAAAGUAAAAAAAAAAGUGAUGCCCAAUGAACUGGCGACAACUCCAUGGAGCUUUACAGAUGUGCUGGAAACUAGAAGAAAAUAAUGAAAAUCUCAUGAAACAAACACAGAAUAUUUCCUUUUCCCUUGCAUCCCCCCACUUCUCUCUAUACUAGCUUAUUUGAUGUCUUUUCUAUCUCCUGAUGACUAUUAUACUAUAAGCAGUCUUUUCUUUAUACAUCGGCGGUAAACACUAAAUACUGUUAAAUUGUACUGCAUAGAAAUAAUCAGUUGGCAUCUACAGACUGUGAAUGUAUUAGAGAUAUGAGAAAUUCUGACUGCACCCCUCACUUCCUCUAUAUGUAUCUGAUUGUUACUAUUUGCCUGUACUCUUCCUUCAAUCAUCAGCUGUAUUCUACCGUAUGUUGUGCAUUACUAUGCUUAUUACCUUCAAUAAAAAUGAUUGCAACACAAAA